AUGACUGUCGAUGCGCAAAACAAGGCUAAAAUGCCGCAUCUCUCGUCUGAUAAACAAUUAACAUUUAUAAAACUAGCUGUUUUAUCAAUGGCAGCGAUAUUAUCAUUUGCAACUCGACUCUUUUCGGUACUACGCUUUGAGAGUGUAAUUCACGAGUUUGAUCCCUACUUUAAUUAUAGAACAACACGAUACCUCACUGAGGAAGGAUUCUAUAAAUUUCAUAAUUGGUUUGAUGAUAGAGCAUGGUAUCCUUUAGGGAGAAUUAUUGGAGGUACAAUCUACCCCGGUCUGAUGGUGACAUCAGCCACUCUGUACAACAUAAUGCAAUUUUUUAAUAUUACCAUUGAUAUAAGAAAUGUGUGUGUUUUUCUGGCACCGUUUUUCUCAUCUUUGACUACUAUUGUCACGUAUCUUUUAACUAAGGAGCUUAAGGAUGAGGGUGCGGGUCUAGUGGCUGCAGCUAUGAUAGCUAUUGUUCCUGGGUACAUAAGCCGUUCUGUUGCCGGCAGUUAUGACAAUGAGGGAAUAGCAAUAUUUUGCAUGUUGCUCACAUACUACUUCUGGAUCAAAGCUAUCAAUACGGGCACAAUUUUGUGGGCUACUAUGACAGCUCUUGCCUAUUUCUACAUGGUAUCCUCAUGGGGGGGCUACGUUUUUCUAAUCAAUCUGAUACCUCUACAUGUACUAGCUCUAAUGGCUCUUGGUCGCUUUUCUGCGCGAGUGUACGUUGCUUACAGUACCUUGUACUGUGUUGGUACUGUACUGUCAAUGCAGAUCUCAUUUGUUGGAUUUCAACCAGUACAGAGCUCGGAGCAUAUGUUGGCUCUCGGCACGUUCGGUUUGUGCCAGUUGUACGCCUUCACACAAUACUUGCGCGAGCGCCUCUCUCCACAAAACUUCGAGUUACUAUUCAAAGCUUUACUUAGUACACUGCUAGUUACUCUAGGAACUGCAACGGUUCUCUUUACAGUCACCGGAAAAAUUUCCCCAUGGACUGGCAGAUUUUAUUCUCUGCUUGACCCAUCAUACGCUAAAAAUCACAUUCCAAUUAUUGCGUCUGUGAGUGAGCACCAGCCGACUUCAUGGUCUUCAUUCUACUUUGACCUGCAAGUGUUGGUCUUCCUCUUUCCUGCUGGUCUCUACUUCUGCUUCACAAAACUGACUGAUGCAAACAUCUUCAUUAUUCUAUAUGGUGUUCUUAGUAUUUACUUUGCUGGCGUUAUGGUGCGUCUGAUGUUAGUACUCGCGCCCGUUAUGUGCAUCGUGUCAGGUAUUGCUGCAUCUAGUUUGCUCAGUCUUCAUGUCAAAGAUAUUGAACCAAAAGUGGAAAAAUUGGAGAAGAAAAAGAAGCAUGAAAAUAAUUUAGUAUUCAGAUCAGAGGUAGGAGCCGUUUUCGUCUGUGUCCUUGGAUGUUUGCUGGUUUCGUACGUGUUCCAUUGCACGUGGGUGACGUCAGAGGCGUACUCGUCUCCAUCAAUCGUGUUGUCUGCGCGGGCGCACGACGGUGCUCGAAUCAUUUUCGACGACUUUCGGGAAGCUUAUACUUGGCUCAAAAUGAACACUCCACAGGAUGCAAAAGUGAUGUCUUGGUGGGAUUAUGGCUACCAAAUAACGGCUAUGGCUAAUCGAACGGUAAUAGUGGACAAUAAUACUUGGAACAACACGCACAUUUCGCGUGUAGGACAGGCGAUGGCUUCCACCGAGGACAAAGCGUACGAGAUCAUGCGAGAACUAGACGUAGAUUAUGUUCUGGUCAUCUUCGGAGGACUCGUGGGAUACUCUUCGGAUGAUAUAAACAAGUUCCUCUGGAUGGUGCGUAUCGGAGGCAGCACGGACCGCGGCGCCCAUAUCCGCGAGGCGGACUACUACACCCCGAGCGGGGAAUUCCGGAUAGACGCGGACGGCUCCAAUACUUUACUCAACUGUCUCAUGUACAAGAUGAGCUACUACAAAUUCGGGCUCGUGUACACAGAAGGAGGUCGCCCUCCUGGCUUCGACCGGGUGCGCGGGGCAGAAAUAGGUAACAAGGACUUCAACCUCGAAGUAUUAGAAGAGGCCUACACCACGGAACACUGGCUGGUGCGCAUCUACAAAGUUAAACCGCUGCCAAACCGUGGCCUAUGA